UCAGUGUCCAUCAGUGCCACCCAUCAGUGCCAGUCAGUGCCACCUAUCAGUGCCACCUAUUAGUGCCAGUCAGUGCCGCCUAUCAGUGCCAUGUAUCAGUGCUGCCUUUCAGUGCCCAUCAGUGAUGCCUGUCAAUGCCCAUCAGUGCUGCCAAUCAGUGCCACCUAUCAGUGCCAGUCAGUGCCGCCUAUCAGUGCGCAUCAGUGCCUGCCUAUCAGUGCCAGUCAGUGCCGCCUAUCAGUGCCAGUCAGUGCCACCUAUCAGUGCCGCCUAUCAGUGCCAUGUAUCAGUGCUGCCUUUCAGUGCCCAUCAGUGAUG